AUGGCAACACCAACCUCACCAGACCCUAUACGGGACACACAAGACCACCAAAACGAACAGACGAAAGAAGCAAUAGGUGAUGCGUUCGCUCAUGAUCCAGAGAAAGGCAUCGAGAGCCAAUCAUCAUCAACACAUUCAACAAAUUCAAACGAGCAAACACUGUCGAAUGCGACGCAAGCACAAGAAGAACAAGAACGAGAUCCUAAUAUUGUAGAUUGGGACGGGCCGGACGACCCCAACAACCCUCAAAACUGGCCUAUGAAGAAGAAAUGGCGUAUCGUUGCCGCCCUCAGCCUCGUCACACUAAUCACUCCAGUCGGAUCUUCCUUCUUUGCCCCCGGCGUACCACAAGUGAUGCGAGCAUUCCACGAGACGUCAAGGAUUAUGGCCGCAUUCGUCGUCUCAGUGUACGUUCUAGGCUUCGCCAUCGGACCUCUAGUCAUCGCGCCCCUGUCCGAAGUCUACGGCCGCAUACCUCUCUACAACAUCUGCCACCUACUCUUUGUUAUCUUCUCCAUUGCCUGCGCCGUCUCCGACUCAAUGGGCAUGCUCAUCGGCUUCCGGUUUCUGGCUGGUUGUGCCGGCUCUGCACCCCUGACACUCGGUGGUGGCACAAUCGCAGACAUGUUCCCCGUCGAGCAACGCGCCGGCGCAAUGGCAAUCUGGUCCAUAGGCCCCCUUCUUGGGCCCGUCGCAGGUCCCAUUGCAGGAGGCUUCCUUGUUGAAAGUCUCGUCUGGCGUUGGGUUUACUGGAUCCUGGCCAUAUUCGGUGGCACCUUCGCUCUUUUCUUCCUAGUCGUCACUCGCGAAACUUACGCCCCCGUCCUCCUCGCCCGCAAAACCAAAUCCCUCAUCAAAUCAACGGGAAAUACCAAUCUCCGCUCGAAGCUAGCACAGGACCUUCCCCCACGCGAAAUCCUCAUCCGCGCUAUCGUGCGGCCAAUGAAAAUGCUCAUCUUCUCCCCGAUCGUGCUACUCAUGUGUCUCUACAUCUCCUUCAACUACGGCCUUCUAUAUCUCUUCUUCACAACAAUGACCUUCGUGUUCGAGGGCCAAUACAAGUUCUCCUCGGGUUCCUCAGGUCUCGCCUACCUAGGCAUCGGUACGGGCAUGCUUCUGGGACUCCUGCAAAUUGGCACGCUAUCCGACCGCUACAUCAAGAAAAAGCUGGCAACAGAAGGUAAAACAAAGCCUGAGCAUCGUCUCCCGCUUAUUCUGACGCUGCCCGGUGCGAUUGGUAUGCCCAUUGGCCUUUUCAUAUACGGAUGGACGGCGAAGAAUCAGGUCCAUUGGAUUGUUCCUAUCAUAUUUAUGGCGCCGGUGGGCCUGGGGAGUUUAACUUCGCUGAUGACCAUUCAGACGUAUCUUGUCGAUGCGUUUACCAAGCAUGCUGCGUCGGUUAUUGCGGCCAAUACGGUCCUCAGGUCAAUUUUUGGGGCGUUCCUGCCACUUGCAGGGCUGCCCAUGUUUGAUGCGUUGGGGUUGGGCUGGGGUAAUUCGCUCCUGGGGUUCAUUUCCAUGGCCUUUAUACCCGUCCCGGUGCUGUUUAGGCUUUACGGAGAGAGGAUUAGGACCAAUCCCAGGUUUCAGGUACAGCUCUAG